GCGAUCUGGAAGUCCCAGAUGAUGUCGACACGCGCUGAUUCGAUUCGUGCCCUGACCAUGUUCGGUGGUCAACCUGCAAUCUGUCUCCACAACGACAAACAGUCAAGGGUAACAUGGAACGCGAAGGCGAUCGACUGGAAGGUGAGCGUUUCCUCCUACCGGCAAAAUUGUUUCAGGAGGACCACUGUCGGGGAAGAUGGAGCUUGGUGAAAAGAUGGAGCAACUUGUUUUUGUGAGCCCAUGGUAAAGCUGUUGGCUUUCACAUACUUUCACAUACUUUCGAACGUUCCUGCACUGCUGUCGACAAGCUCUUGGACCUGGCUCACAGAUGCCCGCACUGCGGGGGUCCAGCGUCCUUCUUCCCCCUGUACCGAGCGUCGUGCGGCGUGCACUACGCUCGAUCGCCAUGUUUGCCGCCUGCCGUGGGGAGCCUGCCACAUGCAAGGGGUCGAUCAUCAAGGCGGAACCCAUGCGAUUUCCCUUUGAGUGUGAAUCGCCCUUUCUCUUCGCUGUCUACCACCUGGACCACUACCCUGCAGGCAACGCGGAGAUGGGCCCGGAGGCCUCUUUGCGAGGGCACAACAUGGGGGCGGACUUCAAUCAUCCUAGCGGCUGGAGCAUGUACCACGGCAAAAGCAUCCCCGGGUUCCCCCGGCACCCACAUCGUGGCUUCGAGACCAUCACCGUGACACGGCGUGGGUGGGUGGAUCACACCGACUCCCUGGGGAACGCUGGUCGCUUCGGAUGUGGGGAUGCGCAAUGGAUGACUGCAGGGAAGGGCAUCAACCACUCAGAGAUGUUUCCGCUGCUGAACCGUGAGGGAGAAAAUGUUUUGGAGCUUUUCCAGAUCUGGAUCAACCUGCCCAAGAGGAGCAAGAUGGUGGAGCCCAGCUUCAAAAUGUUUUGGGCCGAAGACUUGCCAUCGCUGAAGGACACCAGCGGGCCCGAGGUGGUCCUCAUUGCUGGACACCUGCCGGGGUUCAAUGCGCCACCCGCGCCGCCACCCGAUAGCUAUGCCUCGGAGAAGAGCUCGGAUGUGCUGGUGGUGACCCUCAAAAUCCCUCUUGGCUCCAGCUGGACACUGCCAGCCUUCACAGGCGAUGUGAAGGGCCUGAGCCGAAACGCCUACAUCCACACGGGGCAGCAGAGCAAGGUGGCCGAUCAGGUCAUCUCUGGGCAGAAGCGGCUCAAACUGCGACCCGACAUGGACACGAGCUUUGCCCCGGUCGACGCACCCAUGGAAGUGCUGAUCUUGCAGGGCAGUGACAUUGGAGAGCCCGUGGUGCAGCACGGGCCCUUCGUGGGUAAUAGCCGGGAGGACAUUGCCAAGGCCUUUAAGGACUACCAGGAGAGCGAAUUUGGUGGUUGGCCUUGGCCCUCCGACGCUCUGGCGCACGAGCGUUCACAGCAGCGCUUCGCGCUCUACUCCGAUGGGCGGAAAGAGGAGAAGCCCAUGCCGUAGCAGGUGGGCCAGAUGAGUUCCUGUGAGCGUCAUGUGUAUCAUUAGGAUUAAAUGAAAAUGUGUCUCAUGUGGCUGUGGCCCCAAACUGUCAACGCCAAGCAUGUCGGUCGACCAAACUCCUGUUGUUUUUCAUGAGGAGGAGAUGCCCAGAUUUUGAGGGCGAUUUUCGAGCCCGGCAGGAUGGGACGCCAGGACUCCCAAGUCAACGCCGAAGGCGUCGAUUGAAUGGAAUGGUUUUCCGC